GAAAGAGAACAAAAACACACCUGUCUUAGAUGGUAUUUAUUUGGCGACUGCGGGCAGUAACAGUCACGUCGCAAGCGGAAGAUAAAGCCUCCAACAUGUUCAAGGCCUUAGUCCUCCUCGGCGCCGUAGCUUUCGCCAAUACCCUACAUUUCAGCGAGGGUGACACACUUGGUAAGAAUAAACUAGGAGAAUGGGCAGAGGGAGGAGAUAACCACUUCUACUUGACAUACCGCCCCAAGGAGCGCCGCGUGCGGGAGGGUUUCUACCUGUCGCCGCGGACCACAGCUGACGCCCUCGCCGACCAGUGGCUGCCCGCAGACGCUAUAGCUCCCGAGCACACGGCCCUGUAUUGCCGGAACGGCGACUACCGCGUGUGUCUGCUGUUCGACAACAAAGGCAGCAUCGCAGGCGGUCAGGUUUCGGCUUCAAUUGAAGAUCUCAACGCAUCAGGAUACCCUUCGGAUCGGAAGAAGCAAAUUUACUGGUUCCAGAACAGACUUUUUGGCGUAGAUGUGUACUCUUCCAUCGUGUUCUUUGUGUCUAAAAAGGUGCUGGCGCGGGGUGGUCGUAAGAUGAAGAGGAACACACCAACAGCGCCCAGCCCCGAGCUGCUGGUGGUGCGACCUGGCAGCGUGGGCAUCGUGGAGGCCGAGCGGCGCCCCGUCCCACUCACCGAGAGCAACAUGGCCGCCAGCCAAUAUUGGACGCAAGGGUGCAGGAAUGGCAUGGGUAACCACUUCUGUGAAAACAUGAAUUCGACGGUUCGCUGCGAAGGCAACAGGGCGUAUUUCGUUUCAACAAAUCCCCAAAAUGGCAGGCUGGCCGGCAUAGGGGUCCUUGUGCUCGGCAAUGUGACUGACAGUCGGCCUUGGAUGGAGCAGCAGACAAGCGCAACUCUCAAGAUCACUCUUCCCAACUCGCCAAGCUGUGUAGGUGAGAACGCUGAUAAGUAUGGCAUGUUCUCUUUGCACUACUACUUCGACGCAGCACCAUGGAAUAUAAAGUGCGCCAUUGAAGGCCAACAGUAAGCUCCCAGCAAUGUUGCUACGUCGUAUACCUCUGAUGUAUCUUGACUGGACCUAUGCAGAAGUUGCCAUCGAUUUUACUUUUCACUAAAAAGUUAUUCUACUCUUUCAAAUA